UUAUCCCUGCUUAUCUUAGGUUGACUUCUUGGAUUGUAAUUGGAGUAGUGGCAGGGUUCUUUGUUGACUGGCAAGUCAAGUCUAAUACAUUUUGAUAAAUGAGACGACUAGAAAGAGUGCGAGAAAGACUUGUUGGAUUGUAACUGGAGUAGUGGCAGGCAGGGUUCUUUGUUGAUUGGCAAGUCAAGUCUAAUAUAUUUUGAUAUAGCUUAUCUGGUUAAGAUCAAUCAUUCAAAGGAAGGGUAAUUUUCGGCUUUUGCUUGCAGCAAUCUAACUCUUAUGUUGCAAUUUUUAUCAAGAGAUGGAUACGAAAAUUCUACUCUGCUAUACAUUGAGAUUUUUGCUAUGUUGUUCCUUCAUUGCUUGUAUUUCCACGGCGUCUCACACCAUCUCUCCAGGCCAAUCUCUCUCCGGGGAACAAACAAUCACCUCUCCAAGUGGAAAAUGACCUUCAUUGCUUGUAUUCUACUCUGCCAUACAUUGAGAUUUUUGCUAUGUUGUACCUUCAUUGCUUGUAUUUCCCUACUGAAAACGACCUGCUAUACUACGAUAACUUUGUACUCUUACAAGUAUUUUUAAGUAUUUUCAUCCCUACUUUUGCAGGUCUUUUGCAGGUCUUUUUAUCCCUGCUUAGCUUAGGUUGACUUCUUGGAAGUAUUUUUAAGUAUUUAUAUCCCUACUUUUGCAGGUGUUUUUAUCCCUGCUUAUCUUAGGUUGACUUCUUGGAUUGUAAUUGGAGUAGUGGCAGGGUUCUUUGUUGACUGGCAAGUCAAGUCUAAUACAUUUUGAUAAAUGAGACGACUAGAAAGAGUGCGAGAAAGACUUGUUGGAUUGUAACUGGAGUAGUGGCAAGAAGGGUUCUUUGUUGACUGGCAAGUCAAGUCUAAUAUAUUUUGAUACAGCUUAUCUGGUUAAGAUCAAUCAUUCAAGGGAAGGAUAAGUUUCGGCUUCUGCUUGCAGCAAUCUAACUCUUUGCAGUUUUAUUAAGAGAUGGAUACGAGAAUUCUACUCUGCUAUACAUUGAGAUUUUUGCUAUGUUGUACCUUCAUUGCUUGUAUUUCCACGGCGUCUCACACCAUCUCUCCAGGCCAAUCUCUCUCCGGGGAGCAAACAAUCACCUCUCCAAGUGGCAAAUUUGAGCUCGGUUUCUUCACACCAGCAAUCACCUCUCCAAGCGGAAAAUUUGAGCUCGGUUCCUUCGCACCAGGUAUACCUCAAAACUAUUACAUAGGCAUUUGGUACAAAAGUCUACCCAAUCGGACUGUAGUUUGGGUCGCAAACAGAAAACAACCUGUUUGUGAACCGCAUUUUUCAGUAUUGCAACUUGUCGAAAAUGGAAACUUGACCUUAAGUGGUCCCUCCAAAGUUGCAAUAUGGUCGACUAAUUCAAGAUCAAAGGUCUUUAAUUCUAGUGUAGCAAAGCUUCUUGACAAUGGGAACUUUGUCAUAACGGAUGCAUUUAAUUCAUCUGUUGUCAAAUGGCAGAGUUUCGAUCACCCGACGGAUACUUGGCUGCCGGGUGCUAAGCUUGGAUACAAUAAUCGUACGAGGAGAAAACUAGUUCUUACAUCCUGGAGAAAUCCGAAAACUCCUGCACCUGGUCCUUUUUCUUCUGAGCUAGAUGAAAUACCUUUUAAUUUAUCUUCGUAUCCUGAUACCUUUACUAGAGGCAGACUUGAAAUCAAUGGUCAGCUAAAGUUCUAUGCCUGGGACCAAGGCUUUACGGAAUGGACUUUGAUUUCGGUUGAACCAUCGGACCAGUGUGCGGUUGAUUCUUCAUGCGGUGCUUUUAGUAUUUGCAACCAACGGAGUUUUCCUCGUUGUGGUUGCCUCGAAGGAUUUGAACCCGGAGUCAGGGAAAGUUGGAUACUAGAGGACUUCUCAGAUGGCUGUGUGAGGAAAAUUCCUUUUCACUACAGUCCCAGGGACUCAUUUUUGGCGAUAACUGAUGUUGGAAUUGGAUAUCCUAAGAACUAUGAGCAAAUUAUAAAUGUGAGCAAUGAUCAAUGCAGAUUAGAAUGCUUAAUAAAUUGUUCAUGCAGUGCCUUUGUUUAUAAUUUUAUCGAUAGUCGUCGGUGUUUCAUUUGGAUAGGGGAUCUAUAUAAUAUACUGACAAUGCCAUCCGAAUCCAUUUCCAUAAGUUAUUCUCCAGAUAGCCCAGGAUUGCAUCUCCGGAUUGUGGAUUCUACAAGUGAGACAAAGAGAAAGACUACUUGGACUGUAAUUGGAUUACUUGCAGGGUUCUUUUCCAUCUUAAGUAGUACUUUCAUUGUCAUGGUAUUUUUUAGAAGGAGAUGGUCAGCAGGAGCAUUGGCAACUACCGACGAUUCUUUGGUGCUUUACAAGCAUAGAGAUUUAAGAAGAGCAACAAACAACUUCUCCGAAAAACUUGGGGAAGGAGGCUUUGGUUCUGUAUUCAAGGGGACGUUGCCUAACUCAACGGCCAUAGCAGUGAAAGAGCUAAAAAGUAUGAACCAGGGAGAGAAACAAUUUCGUGCUGAAGUGGGAACUAUCGGUGUAAUCCAACACAUUAAUCUCAUUCGCAUGAGGGGAUUCUGCGUGAACGCUUCAAAGAGAUUUUUAGUUUAUGACUACAUGCCAAAUGGUUCUCUGCAAUCUCUUAUUCUUGGAAAGAACCCGAUAAUGUUAGAUUGGAAUGCUAGAUAUCACAUUGCAGUAGGGACUGCCAGAGGAUUGUCUUACCUCCAUGAAGAGUGCAGAGACUGCAUAAUACACUGCGAUGUUAAGCCAGAGAACAUCUUGUUGGAUUCAGAAUACAGUCCAAAAUUGGCGGAUUUUGGUCUUGCGAAACUCUUGGGGAGACACCACAGCCGGGUUUUGACAACCAUGAGAGGGACUGUGGGCUAUCUCGCACCAGAAUGGUUUUCGGGUGAAGCCAUCACCCCAAAAGCCGAUGUGUUUAGCUAUGGCAUGUUGCUGAUUGAGGUCAUAUCAGGGAGGAGAAACAGAGAAGGGUUAGCUGACGGGGUAGAAAACUUCCAUCCUAUCCGGCUAGCGAAUGCAGUUAAUAGAGGGGAAGAUCUUUUCACCUUGUUGGAUUGCAGGUUGGAAGGCAAAGCUGACAGAGAUGACCUAAGUAGAGCGUGCAAAGUGGCUUGUUGGUGCAUUCAAGAAGAUGAGAAGGAUAGGCCAACAAUGAGGCAGGUUGUUCAAAUUCUUGAGGGAGUUUUGGACAUCGGUGUUCCGCCAGUCCCGCAGUUCCUCCAGCGUCUUAUCAGAAGUCCGGCAGAAGGCAUUAACUACCAGGAGACUACAUCCGAUUCAGGUUCAUGGUCAUGAUUCGAUGUCCAAAGUGCAUUUCAAGCCGAAGUCAGCAACUGUGCAACAAGAAUUCAUGAGGAUCAGAUGAAGAACGUGAGGGUUCUUGCAGUAUGAUUGUAAAUAUAACCUUAUCUUGGAGGCAGUAGGUUUUUGAAUAUUUCCAGUUCAAUAAAUAUCGGUUAUCUAAUGAGAUAUUAAAAAGGGAAAUGAUUUUCGCACUCGGUGGGAGCAUUAGAGAUGGGGAUGCCAUAGACUGCUGUAACAAGUAUGGAGUUUCGGUUUUUUCACAAACGUUAGGCACUUCAGGCAUUGAUACCGAUUUUGGCCGUGAUGCUUCCAUCUUUGGACCUUAGGUCUGAAUAUGUUGUAUUCGUAAGGUACAGGUUUUCGCUCUUGGGGAAUCCUGUAGACAUGCUUGUUCGAUAUCGCGGCAAAUCAUCAUGUUUAUGUAAUCUGAAUGCGGAUUUGAGCUGCCA